AAUUCAUGUGACUUGAGUUGCGACAUCGGGUUUAAUAACGACCUGAGAGUGCAUAAUACAAGGACGCCGCGCACACAUAGUCGAUGCGAUCCAACAGUCAAGGAUAUUAUUCUUUUUAUAAAGGUAUUUACGCCCGCACCGCAAUUCUAACCUCUUAAUGCCCUUGGCAGCUCAGAACUUUGUGAACUUGACCCUAUCACAUACCAGUGGUGGGCCAAGAGAAGACAUAUCCAUAGCCCAUACCGUGGUACCGUUUCUUCUUACGGCUACCUUCUCAUGAUAAUCCAUUUCCUGAUCAAAGUGGUUGACCCCCCUGUUUUCAUCAAUCGGCAGAACACCGCGAUCCCCGAAUACGCGCCGCCUGACCAGAUAUUUGAUGAGGGUGGCGAAAGAGAGCAUCAUGUGUGGUAUGCUAAAGAUAUCAAAACUCUUCCCAAGACCACGAACCAAAUGCAUGUCGGCCAGCUCCUCCAUAGCUUCUUUGAAUACUAUUCGCAUAGGUUCCAAUGGGAAAGAGAGGUCAUCUUUAUCCGGACCCAAGGCUUCAUAUUUAGUAAGUAAGGUAAGGGUUGGGUUACGGCUGUUGGUAGGACGGGGAGGAGUGGGCAUACGCAGAUAAAGGAUAGACACCCGUUUGCCAUCGCGGACCCUUUUGAAAUCAGGCACAACAUGGGCAAGAUCUGCAAUCCCACCGGAGUAGGCAAGGUUCGAGCAGAGUCCAAAAGAGCCCGGAAUACCACUAGG